CCGGAACCGUGUGCGCGCGCGCGCGCAACUCACGCGCCGUCACAGAAACAGGAAGAGAGCUAAACACGGAUGUGCGAUGACCCACGCUGCGCGCGCGUAGCCACGGCCACGGUGUUUCAUUGUACAGGACUUUACGGACACGCGAGAGCCACCGCCGUGCGUGGAAGGAGCACCGGCCGUGAGACCGUGAGACAUGGGGACCCGAGGGACCGGCCGGAGGAGAUCCAUGAAGAAGGAGAAGACCACCGGGGAGGAGGAAGCUCUGACGCUCGUGUCGGCGCAGGCUGAAGCCAAACUGGCAGCAAAGAGAGCCGCCAGAGCUGAGGCCCGAGAGAUCCGGCUGCAGGAGCUGGAGCGCCGGCAGAGAGAGGUGGACGACGAGGAUUAUUCUGAUGGGGGAUCUGGACCGCCUUUAACCCCAGCAUCGCCAUUGGAUGGGACGUCCCACCCUCUUGGAGAUGGAGACACGUGUGUGGACAAUGGAAGUUCCUCUUCCUCUCAAAAAAACCCGGGCUUUCUGGCCGGGGUGGAGGAGAAAUACCGCCAGGCCAUGGUUUCCAACGCCCAACUGUAUAAUGAGAAGAACCAGCUGCUGUAUGUGGUUGACGUUCUCAAAGACUCACUUCUGGAGCUGGAGGAGCUGCUGUCCGAGUCUCGGCGGGAAUACGAGGACAAGGUCAAGGAACACGAGCAGGAGAAGCAGGCGCAUCGCCUCCUGCAGCUCCAGUUCUGUGAAAUGAAAGAGGCUCUAAAGCAACACCAAGAGCUGCUAAAUGAGCUGCAACAGCUGCGUAGCAAAGAAGCCGCUUCUGUCCUCGACAUCUCUGACCGACACGACACGAAGGUUCAGGCUCAGGAGUUUGCAGAAGAAAACAGGCUGGAGUGCAACGAGCGAAGAGAAGACUUGCAAAAGGAACAUGGAGAAACGUUGAAGCCCAGCUUGAACAUCAAUGCAGCUGCCGGUUCACCUGCAGCGGUCGGAUCCGUGGAUGUGGAGCAGGAAGCAGAGCGGCGUCCUGCAGACGCAGAGACUGAGCUGAGGAGCAGCAGAGAAGAUGAUGUGGAUCUGCAGCAUCAGCAAGACAAACCCCAGAAUGCAGAGGAGCCGCUGUGGAGCUCUGGAAGGCUUCAGGAGCAGGAAUCUGCGCCGCCAGAGGAGCCAAACCUGUCUACCGAGGGAGACGGCAGUCUCGCUGUGGACUCGACUGUGGCCGUCUGCUCUUCUGCGGGGAGGGUUGGCUCCAGACCUCAAGAGGCCGUCACAAGUGAAGAUGGAGAUGUUCCUCCAACAGACGUUCCAAGCGUUGGGAACACGGGUGACACGGAAAAGGAAGAGACGAGCCAAAUCCUUCAAGAGGAACAAAAACCCAAACAGCCCAACGUUGGAGAAGCCCUCCAGCCCUUCCCAACCGAACCAAACUCUGGACCGCAGCAGAAUCCUCAGAACUCACAGCUGCUGGAAAAGGAUGAAGGCGUGGAAGAGGCACCAAACAUCCCCAAGUCUUCCACCAGCUCUGGGAAGAAAAAGAAGAAGAAGAGAGGCAAAAAAAAAGGAGGUAGCCAUGACAACAAGAGCCAACAAAAAGCAGGAACAGGAAAAGAGGCGGGAGCAAACAAAGAAGAAGCCGACACCAAAGAUGUCACAAACACCCUGAAGUCACAGUCUGAAGACGAGAAGGAAUCUGGGCAAACCGAUGCAUCACUGAUGAUCGCGUCCAGAUUUCCAAACCAAACUCUUCCUGAAGCCAGCGUGGAUCGUGGUGAAGAUGGGGAAGAUGAGGAGGCUGCGGGAGGAGAAGCAGCAACUGCUACAUUUCCACAGGAUGAAGACAAAACUGAAGGACCGGCAAAUGCAGGAUCGCUGGCUGAAGGUGAUACUCUCACAGACUCCACAACAGAUCCCACGUCUGCUGACCCAGAAGACAACCCGACUCUAGAAACGGAGAUGGUUAGAGAGGAGGAGCCUGCAGUCAGCUGUUCUGACCAAAAGGAGACCUCUGAGCUGAAGCCAGCCAUAGAGGUCCCGGAAGCAGACGGUAAAAACAGCAGUGAUUUGAGCCACACUGCUGAGGAAUCUGAAUCCACGAGCAGCACGCAGAGCUCAAUCCUCCCGCCCAAGGACGAUGGCGCUGAAGCUUCCUCCAGCUCAGAGCCCCGCCCCGACAAGAGCCCCGGUGUGACGGCUUCUGAGGAGGCUUUGGAGGGCGUGGGUGGGGGUGACUGUGAGGCCGAAAAUGAAGGAGAAGGCAUUUCACGCCGUGUCACAUCCGACCCUCACGAUGAGGAUUCUGGACUUCCAGAACAGUCCCAAGAGCCCAAGCACACUGAAGGAGCUGGGAGAGAUGGAGGCUCUGCUGAGCUGGACCCCCCCGCGCAGACAGAAGAGGCGUGUGCGUCCCCAGAGCCGGAGCGGCGUCCGAGCAGAACGUGUCAUCACGUGGGAGCAGACGCCACGCCUGGAGGUGCUGAGGCGCUCGCUCUGGAGGCGGAAGACAAACCCAAACUGGAAAACGAUCAACACCAUCUACAACCCGAGUCCUCAGCCUCUCAUUCAGUCGAGGAGCGGGCCAACGCCUGUGGGGGGGGGCCUGAAGAGGAGGAUGGAGAAGACGAAGAAGGACGGCCUUUUGACUUUGACUACACAGAAGUGGAGUUGGCUGCUGUGCGUAAUCCUUCCCAGGAUCCAGAAUGGGGAGAGACCAGUCAGGUAACCGCGGACGACGUCAACGAAUCCAAGUUGAGCCAAAGUCAAGAGAAGAGACAGAAGGAGCCGUCUGAAAGCGACGGUUUUAGGGACACUCGGUCGGACUCUGUGGGUCAGGAAGAGCCCAACUCCUCACCUGCUAGUGAAAAAACACCAGAACCGUUUGAAGACACGAGUAGGAAGCAAAAGCAUCAGACAUAUGAAGUCAUAGAGGCUGCAGAGACGCAGCAGUUUCAUGCUGCGAGCACCAAAGAGCUGACAGGAAGUGCCGACGGCGAUGGUCACACGGCUUCAUCAGCCACCGAGACGGACGUGGAUCCCGUCAGGAUGAAGGACGGAGACUUCCCAAAGCUCUCCGGGCAGGCGGGGGGCGGCAGUGAAGAGUCGCUGGAAGGGAAAGAGGCCAAGAAAAGCAGCAGGAAAGGCAAAGGCAAGAGCAAAGAGGAAUGUAAGAUGUCCUAGUCUGCUGCUGGAGGCCGUCUUCAGGUUAUUGGACGUUAGUUUUUCUACUGUCAUUCUUCUUUCCAGUCCCGUCAACAGCAUGCAGGUUCUGCAGGUUCUGCCUGUCAGAGGCUUCGGUCCGGCUCGCCCUCAGUCUGUCGGGUGGAGGUUUCCUGCAUCCUUGGCUUUCAAUAUUUAUGGAUCAUCUCCACACGGACCACAGACAUAAAACUGCACACCAGCUGGACCGCUGGAUGCAACACUUCAACAUUGAGGUGGACUUCUCUCCUGGAUCCGUGCAUUCACAGCAGUCCUUCCCCCGCUGCACAGAUGAACAGGAAAUAUUGAGGAAAGAAGCUUUUUUUGUGAUGGGUCAAUAUUUUGGCUGGGACUCGUGGUUGUGGCUCUCAGAUCUGAUGGCUGUCCUUCAGGAAAACUGCUUCUAUGCUUUUAUGCUAAAAAGGUCUCCGGAUGCCUAGAAUGUGUUUUUGUUGCACUGAAUAAAAACUGGACAGGAAAUAAAACUUGCGCAAUUUUCUGUUUACAAUAAAAGAGAUGUCACUGAAAAGCACAAA